AUGGAGUCAUCUGAAAUAUGCGCACUACUACAUUACAGUUACAAAUUCGUUCUAGGGAGCCUGUCCCCGAAGCAUGGGCAGAAGAACGUCCGGAAUUUCGAAUACCUUAACUGUUUUUUGAGAAUAGAGCAACAUACUCUUCCUCGCUUAGAAAUAAGCAUUAGCUACGCGAUGAGGGCGGAUGAUAGUUCCGCUCGCGGCCGGGGCCGGUUUUUCGCCUGGGGCAGUCGGAACCCCGAUCGACCCCGGCAGCGGAGCUCCAGCCUCAGGCGGCUUUUCGGUUUGUCGCGCCGCGCUACCGAUGAGGUGGAACGUAGUUCGCCAAGGACCGGAGCUGCCGCAGCGACACUCGUGAAAGGCACUCGAGGACCGAAUGUGAAGGACAACGUUCAUGAACAGGCGAGUAAAAUGGCGUUGUCCAAUUUUGCAACUACAGAUGGUGGCAGUGAUCGCGAUGCGAUGUCUGCGUCGUCUUCGUCAACCGCAGCGUCCUCAGUUGUUGCAGCUUCCAGUAAAAAGAAUGGAGCGCCCAUUGCCAGGCCGCGUGUGUCCGGUGGAGGCCCGGUUCUGCUGAAAACAAUGACAGCCGCAGCCAUGACAUCGCCAAGGCCGCUGAAUUUGCGGGGUGCUGAGUCUGUACGGUCGCGUUCACGCGAGAUCCGAUGCGCUGGUUCCCCGGCUUUGCCGCCGCGAGCGCCUCAUGUAGAGUCAGACGCGAAAAGCUUUGAAGCUGUAAAGGAUGUUCUAUCGAUGAAAACAGGCGCUUCGCCGUCCAGUUCUGUGAAAAACGUAGCAGAUUUCUUCGUGUCGCCUGUUCUCCCAAGCAGUCAACAGUCAGCGUCGGAGACCAAGUCCGAUGUGAGCAGUAGGGAGAAAAAUGCUGGUCGUGCUGGUCUCGUGGGCACGAACCACGAGCAAUCUCCGAACUGCGUUGAAGGGACUUUUCCAACUGGCACGGUCGAAGAAAAGAGCAAAGAGACGACGGCCACAGACGCUCCUACUUCUGAGUGCGGUGUUGCUGAGAUAAUGCCCUCGAAAGACAAAGAAGUCAAAGAAGAAGACGAAUCUUCUAGCUGUCCUCCUGGAGUAAGCGCUCCGCAAUCUCCAGAGCAACUUGCGACAGCAGAAUCCAUUGCAGAGAGUCAUGCGGUUUUUCCUCCUGGUCUCGAGAAGCGGCUGUCCCUAAUAUCAGACAUUUCCGAGGUCACUCUCCCACCAGCGGCGCUGCAAGACGCUUGCAUUUUGGAUACGCCAGAUUUGACACCGGACGUGCCCUUGGCUGCUGGAGUCGGAGAUGCGACUAUUGCAGUUCCUGCUUCAGCGGUAUCUGAUGUCGCUGACGUAGAUGCGACUAAGCAGGACAAGGGCCCAGAACCAAGCCCGGUGCAGGUCGAUGGCAUCAACGACACAGCGCGAAAUAGCCCAGCCGGCGAUAAAAGCGAGGUAGAGGUCACAAGCCCUAGCCUGAGCAGAGCUGAUGAUACCAGCAGUGCAGCUGAUGUCCUAGCGCCUGUCAGGAGCAGUGCCGCAGUUGCUUCUGUGCCAGCUCUGACCGUGCCAGCCUCGGUUCAUCCUACUGUGCUCUCCACGCCACCGCGUGUGAAAAGGAUAUCCACACCGACUCGGAACGGGCGCGGAGAGUCGCCAUCAGGAGCGCCUGGAGUCAGCCCAAUCGCUACCUUCUGUUUCAGUCCGCCACCACCUGGCUUUCUCGCCACUGCGCACACCACAUCACUACAGGGCGCAGCCUCGGUAGGCCUUUCUUCACCCAGUCGUGCCGCAACAGACGGUGCUUCGGGGCCGACCGUGAGGAGCUCUGUGUUGAUGCCCACGGAGGCCGCAAAAGAUCGAGAACCGCGUUCACAAUCACACAUCAGACCUCCUGCUUCGUCGACGGCAAAAUCAACCGCAACGUCCUCGAGUGUGCAUUCUCUAUCUUCUAUCGCGCCAGCAGCCUUCUUAGGCACCCCACCCCGGAUGUCACUUCCCGCACCUCCGUCAUUAGAGCGGUUGAAAAUACAAGCGCCGAGUACACCUCUCUACGGUGGUAGACUUCUACCCGACACACUCCAGUACGGCAUUAGUCUCCCAAGUCCGCGCUCGCGCAGUCUCUGCGGAUCGAGGAAAAGCGUUGGGAUAGGUAGAGUAUUUUGACUAUAUGGACUCUAGCUAGACUCACUACCUAGAAACGCAUGAAGGUUACAGUUUGGAGAUGCCAUGUUGUUGUAAACCGACUCGUUCAACAGGUCAUCAAAUCGAAGCAGGUAAUCUUUCGAUGACGCCGGUGCUUUCAAGUGCUAACCGCCUCGCGCCCUUAUCCUCAAGUUUUCGGCCGCCGCUGCCAACGCCACCUAGCAGUUCAGUCCGGAAAGUCCCAGCAAAAGUGGUACUCCUUAAUAUUGAAGCGUAGUUCUUCAAAUCAGCCUGUUCUCCUGCGUUAGAGAAAAUAGAAGUUAGUUUGGCAUCGGGUCCCGUACUGUGUAAUUCUAAUUUGUUUAAAUGGUUCAAUCAUGAUCGAUGUGGAUGAUUCGGAAACACAGUCUUCUCUUAGGACGAAGCGUCAGCUCCGCCUCUGCGAAGCAAAAUCAAUCGAGACGAAGCUUCUGCUGCGCAAGCAGUACAGAAACGCGCUCUACCUGGGUCGCCUGUCGUGGAACCGAAAAAACUAGUGGUUGAGGAGAGCCCCUCGCCGGCCAAGAAGGUAAGCACUCAUUUGUGUGCCUGCAUCACCACAGUUACGCUGCGAAGCAAAUUUACCUGAUUGAUAAUGAUGACCGGUUUUUAUGACCGCGAAAUUAACACUAUGUCAUUUCAGGACGACGCUGUUGCCGCACCAGCAGACGAGAAUGCGACAGAUCUCCCAGGAGUCGAUGGCUGCUCAGUUAGGGACGUUGCUAGUGCACUGGUUUGGGAGGCGAUCCGCACAGCAGUCACGAGAGCUGGUAAAGAGCGCGCAGCAUUGGAUGAAAACAGCGAAAAGGAGGUUUCGUCAGGCAGUCGUGUCUUCGAGUAUGUAGUCGAUCCAAAGCAACCGAGCUGUAGUUCUUUGGCUGUGGCCCUGGCUCAACGUGAUGGAAGCCAAGAUCGCACUCCUCAGUUUGGACCACCCGUCAGCAUGGAUCCUGCACGGCCGAAAGACGUUGUGGAGUUUCCCGCAGCUUCGUCAGAAGUACAAAUCAACUCGUCUGACGAGCAAGAUCGAUCAGUGACCAUUGCGUCAACACCAGUAUCUUGUUGCGAAUCUCCAAUCGGUCUCGUAAAUGAAGAGGGGAACAGCAGAAAUGUUGGCGGUAAUAUUAGCAGUGCGGAUGUGAUAAAGCUGACAGAAUUGAUGCAACGCGAGCCGCCACAUCGAGAUGUUGUGUCUUCUGGUCAGGCGGUUUUGCGCACACCGCCUUCGGGAAAUUCGGAAAACGGUCUGGUUGAGUAUGUGAAGGCCGUGGUUAGUACGCCUCUAGAACCUACCGCGGGAAGUCCGAAUUCUCAGUUGAUGCUCGAGCCCAUCUCUAUGAUCACAGAUGAGUGUCUUUUUACCUGCGCGUCCCUACCUAUGUCUCGGACGGGCUCACCGGAAAAGACUGAAGGAGGACCGAUUGAUUUGGUUAAUGCAGUUGCAGACCGGGUUCCGGCAAGAAGUGACCGAACUGCUACUCUGGCUGCAGCAGUGUCCGGGCCAGGAGAGCAUGAAUAUAACGCUUCUUCGAGUAGCGACUGUAGUGCGUCACAGGCGAGUUGCUCCGCAGCAAAAGUGCACAACACCGCGAAUGACACUGCUGUACCUCAAGAGAAUGUAUCAUCCUCGCAGAACCUAGCCGCAGAAAGCAGAGAAAUAAUGGAAGAAUCGGGCUCUUCCAGUAGUACUGCUGUGAACCUAGUAACGCUAGCGGAAAUGCAGAACCGAGACCGGGGACUGUCCAUUUCAGGUUUCACUGAUGUGCCAGCGGACACAUCUGAAGGUGUGUCUCCGUGCGGGCGAAGUCGUGUUUAUUUUUCCCCGUACGAACAAGAGGUAAACCCACCAGAACUCAUAGGAGAUCCAAGACGUCGACUCGAUUUAGGAGACAGUUGUCGCGACUGCCCAGAGGAGGUACCCACUCAAAAAGAAUUGCAGCGCGUAGAAGUUAGUGAAAAUUACACGCUUUCCAAAUACAAUAGUGUGCCGCGGGUUGUAUUAAUGAAGAUUUCUAUUACUUGAACCGCGAUCGCCGGUUCCCAAUUGUUAUAUAUUUGACUUUCAUUGAAAGGUUCUUGCUGUUGUGGAUGUUGACGAGUCACCCAUGCUCGACCAGGAGAUGGUGGACCGCAUGCCUUCCUUCGGAGACGACACGGUGACUAGCGCGCGACACGCACACAUUGUGAAGAAGUCUGCUCCAGAAGUCUCCGAUACGGUUCAAAGAUUUGCGAUAACCGACCCCGAAGCAGAUGAGCCAAGUAAUCACCGUGUUUGCAAUUCAACAAGCAACGCAGCUCCACCUAGCCCAGAUCACACUAUCACCCUGCCGCACGACGAUGGAGAAGAUACAGUGCCUGCGCCGGUCCCUGUAGACGCCACCGAAGACGAAAACUCGUCUCCUGAGACGAAAGACCGAAGUAGAUCCGAAGAUGACACCCGGCCGCCGAGCUCGCGCUUCGUGGCCCCUGCCUCCUGGCGGACCGGUGACGGCGCUCCGCCGUCGCCACUUUCACCAGAGGUGCCAACGAUUUGUGGUGAAUUAGACGACCUGGAAUUGCAGGACAUGCUAUACGGUGGAGACGUGUAUAACGUCGGUCCGAGCGGAAGUGAGGUAGAUACCACGAGUGAGCGAACCUUGGCGCCGGUGCCUCCGUUCCUAAAUCUGGGCGCGAUGCGCGGGAGAGACACUCGUGGGACCAAUGCGUGUAUGAUAACGCAAGAAUGCGUGGGUGGCACCGCUGUAUCUUCCUCCUCUGGAUGCCGAUCGAGUAGAAACUUUGCGGGGACUUCUGAAAGUGCGGACGUCAGCUCGUCGUCCAGCUGUUUCGCACGCGCGUUACCGCAACGCGUAGCACCAAAACUGCUCCCGCAGCUCCCGCCGCUUAUACCGGCAAAUCAAACUGGUCCAGCAAACAAUAUGUUGACAAGCAACUUGACCACAAAAAGCAGUACAGUUGGAUCGUCCCUAAGUGUUGAGCAACAGACACGAGAACUCGGCGCAGCAGUAUUUAGCGCAACAAGAGCAUUGCGGAUGUGCCGCAGCCCGCUGAUAAGUUGUAGUUCACCGCUUUUAUCGGAUCGGCGAAUCUUCUUUCCCGCAUCACGCUCAAAGAGUUCGACAUCUUCAAAAACUACCCAAAAAUCCACUCGCACCCUUGUGCCCGAGGACGAAGCGGACAAUUGCACAGAGCUACUGUCACCGACACCAUCACAAAGCUUUAAAGAAGGCGCGCCAGUCGUUGUGAGGGACGUCAGCGCGAACGGCAGACUAAUCGCUCCGGCAACACCGGGGGACUUGACAGAGACUAGGAGCAGUGUGGGAGGCGAGGAUAAAACACCUGCUAUUCUUGACGAAGAGCCGAGUAGUGCUUGCGAAAGGCAAAGAUUAGUUCCGCGCGAAGCAGCAAGACCCAAGCAGCCCGCUUCGAAGUCCGCGGGGGUUGAGGUCAGAAAGGAUAGACAAACGAUCCGGAGGCAGGAACCCUUUCGACAACGAAGUAGUUACCUGCCGGCGCCUGCAUCUCCGAUGAUCUCCAGCAUUUGCCUGACCCCCCGCAACCUUACCCCUUUAGGCCACAAAUUGGCGAAUGCUCGAAGGGAGGCGUCCCGCCAACUCGACGUUGCUCAGAAGUGCGCACUGUCAGUGGAGGAUAUGCGAUGUCUGCGCUAGCUCAUUUCUCCAUCAUUUAACCAGGAGAUGUCAUUAUCUUCAUGGAGCGUUGUACCCACAUGGAUGACCUUUUCCACCAUCUACUCUCCCAAAUCUAAACACAACAGCAUUUAAUGUACAGCCUGUAAAUGAGUAUCGCAUUUUCCUCAGUGAACAUUUCAAUUAUCAUGUGACACGGACUUCCGAAAGCUUGUUUCCUGUAAUUUUGAUCACAUUAACAUUAUUUUUUCUCUUCUAGCAUACCAUGGACCAUGCAUACACCUGCUGAAUCAUGUUCAGGCAUAUUUGCGCGUUAGAGUAAACUAUGUGGUCAUACAAGAAUUUCAAUUCAUUUUCGGGUUCCCUAAGACGAUCGGAAGACCUGCUCAUACACAGUCUUGCAUAGGGCAAAGUUUACACACCACGUUGUAACUUCCAACUGUAAAAAUAACUGCAAAUGAACGGGCGGCGUACACUCACGUGAUCAUGGACUCUAAUAUUUUUUUGGAAUCGGUGAAACGAAUCAAACAUCGCGCAUCGCCCUUCAAUUUCACUGGCACAACUAGCUUUUGAUUUUAUCCACAAUGAAUCAUUUAGUCGAUAUUUAAGAAUUCUCCCUAUAUCACACACUUGUUAUUACAAUAGCAAUAUACGAUUUCACAACCUCUAUCAUCUUGCAAGAUGUUACAUAGAAAAGUAAAAUUUUAUGGGCGUUGCUUCAUGUUUUCUGUACAACAUGUACAAUUUGAAUUGUUGUAGUUGAUGCUUAUGAAAAUGAAUCCUCUCUUUAGGUCUCUCAUGACUGGACUAAGAUGAAUGACGUUAAUGAGAUAUAAAGGUAAAAAUUUCCAAACUGACUUGUGCUCAAAUCAAGUGAGCUAAUAAACACACAACUUGGUAGUUGGUAUCUGCCACAAGACAACCGCCUUACAAGAUGAAAUGGUGUUGCCAAAGGUCAUCAGGUCGCGCCACUUAUUCAUCUUUGACGCAAGUUGAAGGCCCUUCUCCUGAAGUCAAACUGAUCUAUGACCCUUUGUAUUGUGCUACCCGGAGGAAAUCAUGCUACACAUACACCCUAGUCGAACCUUUCGAAUUCCGAAAGAAUUCGAGAGCUAAGUGAUUCCCUGGGCAUAAACAAUUCGCAAGAAAAAGGAUGUGGAGGGC